AUGAGAGCGGGCGAAAAUUCUGUUUUCUACUCUAACGUUAGGCAGCCGAAUUCAUACAGCAAAAUGACCGAAAGCAAAGCACAGGGAGGCAGGAAGCCUCAAUUGCUUGUGGUGUCCAACCGCCUCCCCUUGUCCCUGAAACGAACAGAUGAUGGAAAAUAUGAAUCCUCAAAAUCCAGCGGUGGACUCGUCACAAGUCUCAGCGGCAUAUCGGAAUCAAUCGGGUUUCAAUGGUUUGGUUGGACAGGACUAGAGAUAUCCGAAGACGAGCAGCAGGAGGUUCAAAAACUGUUGGCCAAGCAAGAUGCUGUACCCAUCUUCCUAAACAAGGAACUGGCUAACAAUCAUUACAAUGGAUUUUCAAGUGAGUAUCCUGUUGCUGAUGUUAGAUGCGUUGCUGUGGCCCCAGAAAUACCUGCCAUUAUUGCCGGUACUGAUGAAUAUUCCAACUUAGAUUCGAUACUGUGGCCGGUCCUGCAUUACCAACCUGGAACUCAGCAUUUUGACGAAAAGUGGUGGGAUGCAUAUCAAGAGGUUAACCAGAUAUUCGCGAAAGUGGUUGCAGAAGCUACCUCUGAUGGCGAUUUGGUUUGGGUGCACGAUUAUCAUCUGAUGCUUCUGCCCGGCAUUCUGCGAAGAGAAUUUGUUAAACAAGGCAAACAUUCGGUGAAAAUUGGCUUCUCCCUGCAUACUCCAUUCCCCGCUGCAGAAGUGUAUCGGGCUCUUCCGACAAAUCAUGAACUGCUCGAAGGGGUUUUAGACAGUGACUUGAUAGGGUUUCAUACCGAUGAUUAUGCGGGACACUUCGCAGACGCUUGUUCUCAGAUAUUGUAUGUCCCCUCCAUCUACCGUUAA